UUUUAAAAGAAUAUUCAAAACUUGAAAAGACAAGGCUUAGCAAAACAUUCAGAUGUAAAUUACCUGUGCACAACCCCAUUUGCACAUGCUCUGUCCCCAUUGUCCAGCAAACAUAUUACUUUCAAGAACUCAACUUCCAUUCAGAGAAUAAAAAGUUAAAGACCCAAAUUUGGAUUUUCAAGAAUCUAACCAAUGAGGAGCCAAGGCUAGUAUUAAAGUCUUGAUUCUUCAGAGCAGUUUUUAUUCUUCUUUGAAAAUGGUUUUCAGAAGAAUUCUUGUUGUGAUGAUGGGUUGUUUAGGAUGUGCUGAUCAGCAAACAGAACCAAAUGAAAAUAAUAUGGAAUCCAAGUCAUCAGUUGUAGAUGAAACUGCUAUUACUACUCCUAGAGUUAGACUUAGUGAUGGGAGAUACUUGGCUUACAGAGAAAGAGGAGUACCAAAGAACAAGUGCAAAUACAGUAUCAUUAUUGUGCAUGGUUUUGGCAGCUCCAAAGAUAUGAGCUUUAUGGCUUCUGAUGAACUCCUGGAUGGAAUGGGGAUAUACCUUCUGAUAUAUGACAGAGCUGGAUAUGGAGAGAGCGAUCCAAAUCCAAAGCGCUCGGUUAAAAGUGAAGCAUCUGAUAUCGAAGAAUUAGCUGAUCAAUUGCAAUUAGGAUCUAAGUACUAUGUUAUUGGCGUAUCGUUGGGAUGUUACCCUGCUUGGAGCUGCAUCAAACGCAUCCCUCAAAAGCUUGCAGGAGUGGCUCUAGUAGUCCCAUUUGUCAAUUACAAAUGGCAUUCACUACCUGAUGAUCAAACAAAGGAUGAUUACAGGAAACAACUCUGCCGGUUGGCGCUUUUGCUCACACGCCAUACUCCAGGGCUAUUACAUUGGUGGUUCACUCAAAAACUGUUCCCAUCAGCUACUGCUCUUGAAGCAAAUCCGACAUUUUUUUGUGAUAAAGAUUUGGAUGUCUUGAAGAAUACACCAGGAUAUCAACUGUUCACUCAGGACGGGCUAAGGAAACGGAGGGUAUUCGACUCCCUUCGUCGCGACUUUAUUGUGGCGUUUAGCAAGUGGGAUUUUGAUCCACUGGAGCUAAGUAACCCGUACCCACAAAACGAAAGCUCUGUUCAUAUCUGGCAAGGUUACGAGGACAAGGUUGUGCAUGUUCAAUUACAAAGAUACGUCUCGCAAAGGCUCCCUUGGAUUCGGUAUCAUGAAGUUCCUGAUGGUGGUCACUUGAUUGUGUAUGAUAAUGUUGUGUGUGAAGCUGUCUUAAAAUCACUUUUGCUUGGUCAAGAUCCCUCAUUGUACAGGCCUAAAUUAGCUGACUGAGUAUUAGUUCAUUCAUUGUACCCAAAGAUGACCUUGUAAGUUAAUUGAUUUCUAGAAAUUGAUAAAAGUGUGAUUGGUUGCAUUUUUUACUAUAGUGUAUAGAACUUUUAUAUUAACAAUGCAAUAUUGCUGGAUA